AUGCCUGCAAAAGGUCGCAAGCUGCACCGGCUGCGAAGAGGGGACGUAUCCAGCAACGCACACAUGGGACGUAUCCCCUGUCCCAAGUCACUCAAGGAGAACUCAGUACAAUUGACCAAGCUUCACAUGAAGCUCCUCAAGCCAGCAGUGAGCGAGAGGCAUGUGACGGACAAAAAACUGACACGCAGACAGGCAUACAAACCUGUAUAUAAAUAUGUUGCAACGUGAUACAUGUGUACUCGUGAUGUGGAUGCAGAGGCGGCUUGUCUAUUCUUUAGUGAGGUCGGUUUCUGGCAGCAUGGGAAGAAGGAAUUAUUUUUCUUCUGUGUGGAGGUUCUUUGUGUGCUUGCAAGCUGCCCAGUGAAAGAAGGGAUGCUACCAAAUGUGGGCCGAACUGCCCUUGUACUAGAAAAACGAAGGCAAAGUACAAGAUUAAGAAACACAUAUAUACUUCUUAAAUUGGAGUGCAGUUUUGCCACAGUCAAAGAACUUCAAGAUAUUGUGCGGUCUCACGACCCGCGGUUCCAGAUUAGCUACCUUACAGCAGUCCUUCGUGGUCCAGGAUUUGUGCCCCUUGGGUGGAAACCUUCUGAGCAGGAGCUGUCAAACCUUCUCCAAGCCUCAGAUCUAGAGGGCGUGCCAUUGAAAAUCAAAGAAAUCCCAGUGAAUGAUUUGCUUCAGUGGUGUGCUCACUGUCAAGGUUUUAAGCCGCCCAGAGCACAUCACUGCUCCAGUUGUCGUCGAUGUGUGCUAAGUAUGGACCAUCACUGUCCGUGGACCAAUACAUGUGUUGGCCAGAUUAACCUGAAGCCCUUCGUCCAGUUUGUGCACUUUGUGCCCGUGGCAACGUUUCACAGCUUCGUGGUCCACUCAGAGCUCCUUGUUUUGCUUGCCUUCGCAUGGCAAAGGGCCAAGAGGCGGACGGAUUUCAUCAGGGCAGUGAUGCAGUUGCACAGUGUGCUAGGCCUGGUUGCAUGGUUCGCCGCCUUGGCAGUGAUGCUGCUAGUAGGAACUCUCGCGUGGGAGAUGCAGCACACAGUGCGCAGCAACAUGACAAUGAUUGAGGAGUACGUGGUAGAGAAGGCAGAGGUCCGUCGACGAAGAAAUGGCGAAAAGAAAUUUGUUUUUCCAUACGACCUGGGGAAGAAAGGCAACAGCGCUGCAGUGCUCGGCUCCUCUUCCUUCUCUUGGCUGCUACCUGGAGGAGCUACGCCAGGACCACCUGUGUGGCCCAAUGUGCGCGCAGGUUCCAGCCACUUUGACAUAAGUAUGGAGCAGAUCGCCCAAAAGACCGAGAAGUUGCAAAGGAGUGUGGUCAUGCCUGUGCGGCAGGCCUUCUCAGGAGAAGGGUGGUGUUGCUGCACAUACUGGUGUUGGGUGGGGUUCCAAUUUGGCUGUGCAGUAUGUGAUUGCGAGGCGUGUGGAGAGGCAAGGCUCACAGUGGCAGUUGGCCAAGCUGUGCUGGUCUCGAAAUCAGAGGGCAGCUGGGCACAUGGUCGCCUGAGCAAUGGUUCUGGAGACAGCUUCGGGAACCAAACCUUGCCAGGAGGCUGGUUGCCCCGGCACUGCCUCAACGAGCGCGGUGUCCAACCGUACCAGAUACCUUUCCAGAAGGAACUUCAAGGGCGCUGGGAGGCUGACACGACGAUUGUGGUCAAAGGGCUGUUGGUGCACACAACAGCUUCAAGUUUGCCUUUCGUGCUGAGAGAAGAAGAUGGCAAAGUGCGCUUGCUCGGGUUUUCAUUGGAGUCCUGUGAUGGCAAGGUGGCACGCUGGUCCAAUGGACAAGAGUGGAACAAACAGGAGGGGGAUGAAGUUCGUGGUGGCGAGUGGCACCCGGAGGACGAGGACUUGCCCGACCUUGCAGCCUUGGAGCCACGCGAGGACCUACGAGUUGGGCCCGUCAAGUCGGAAGAUGAGUUAUUGGACACCAAUUUCAAAGCAUGGAGACCGUCCAUCGGUAUAGCUUUCUCGUUCACCAGACUUGCAGAGCCCUUCGCACCCUCAACUCUGCUCUACAGCGCGGGACGGGAGUAUGUCUUGCACAACUGA